AUCCACCAUGCAGCGCAAAAAGUCGCAAGUGAACAACCACCAAGACAGCGACGACGGGGGGGCUGCUCCACCGUCCAACAAUGUACUUCGCAUCAAAGUCAUCUCGAUGGGGGACGGCGGCGUGGGCAAGAGCUGUGUGAUCAAGCGGUACUGCGAAGAAAAGUUUGUGACCAAGUACAUUUCCACGAUCGGCAUCGACUACGGCGUCAAACCCGUCAAGAUCAACGGGUCCGAAGUCCGCGUCAAUUUUUGGGACUUGUCGGGGCAGCCCGAGUUUCUCGAAGUCCGCAACGAGUUUUACAAAGACACGCAGGGAGGGAUCUUGAUGUUUGACGUGUCGUCGCGCCGGACAUUUGACGGGCUGGAUGGGUGGUUGAAAGAGGCGGCCAAGUACGGCGGCGGCAAGUUUCCGUGCGUCGUGUGUGGCAAUAAAGUGGACAAAUUGCGCCUGGUCAAGGAGGACGAGGCGGCGGCAUGGGCGUCCUCCAAGGGCUACGAGUACUUUGAAACGUCCGCGCAGACAGGAGCCAACGUGGCCGAAGCGCUGCACCACCUCUUCCACCUUGUCGUGGCCCGUGUCAAGUAGACAAUUCAUCGCUGUGAAUUUGUUUUUUAAAUCCUAUU